AUGCAAUAUCGAUCUAAAAAUGAAUAUUAAAAAUUGUUUGAUUUGAAAACAAUCAAAUAUAGAAUGGAAACACUUCCAUCAACCAAUAGAAAAAUACAAAACCAUUCGUUAUCUAAUAGAUCCUAAUAAAAAGAAAAAACAAUUCCUAGUGAUGUUGAUGCCAACUCCAAAAUUGAUCGUUAAACUUACAGGCAUUUCCUAAACUUCUAAAAUAGAAGAUCUACUCUUAAUGUCUAAAAAAAUGCUCUUUUUUAAUCUGCUAUUCCAAAAUAAUCAUCAAACCCAUUAGAACCAUUGCAUUAGUAAUCUUAUAAAUAAAAUUAAUCUUAAAAUAAGAAUCAAAGUUAAAGAGAUAUAAUAUUGAAUACUAAAUUCUUUGUUUCCCCUUGGCAUCUACAUAAAAAAAUGAAACAAGAAAAAAUUCAUUAAAAUUAAUAAAAUGAAUUACUGACUGAUCUCCCAACUAAAGAAAAGAUUAUCUAUCUGUAAAGUAGCCAAACUGAUUUUGUCGAUCUAAUACAAUAAAACGUCUGCCAUAAUAAAAAUUUUGGAAUCAAAAGCAAGUAUUAAGUAAUCUCAUAUGCAAAAUAACAAAAUCCUCAAUUAAUCUCGUUAAAAAGAGAUAAUGAAAAUAUUGAUGAUGAUAAUUCUGAGUAUAAUGUAGUAUUUUUCAGAUCAAAAAAAGCGUUAUAAUGA